ACCUUCCCCUCCCCCGCCCGCCGACGCUGACCCACCCGGCAAGGUUUCAAGCGGCACUCGCACACCAGCAGCCCGACUAGCUCCGGUGCCUUCGCCUCACGAGGACACUCCACAGCAAGCAGCCUUCGCCUCCGUGUGGAAAUUCAGUCCCCAGCCGAUACAAUGCCAGGAGACCGCCCCAAGCUGCGCCUGGGCACCUACAUGUGUCCCAGCCACCCUGUUGAGCUGUACGAACUCUUCAUGAAGUACCUGGAGGAAGAGCUGCCCUGUGAGGCGACUCUUGUGUACGAGUCUCGUGGUGGAGGUCCUUUGCCAGACCGAGUAGACCCCUUCACAGCAGACACGCUUGACAUUGCCUUUGUAACACCAACUGCAUAUGUGAAAAUGCAAGAUUCCAAGAACCCACAUGUCGAACUAUUGCCAGUAGCAGCUGUGUUUAAACACCCUCGAAAUUUGGACCAACAACCUGGCUACUUUUCUGACAUUAUCAUCCAUGUGGAUUAUCAGAAACAUGUCAAACAGUUGCUGGAUCUCAGAGGCUGCAUUUGGGCUUAUAGCAGUGAACAUUCACUCAGUGGUAGUGCGGUAGUUCUGAAAACCUUGAAAGAGCAGGGAGAAAAUGCGUCAUUCUUUGGAAAUAUGAUAAAGUCAGGAUCUCAUCUCAAGUCAGUCCAAAUGGUCCUAUCUAAGCAAGCUGAAGCGGCAGCUAUUGAUGCCAAUACCUUGUCUUACAACAAGAAAUACUUGCAAGAUGGAGGAAAAGAUAUAAUUGUUCUUGAAAGUAUUGGCCCAUUACCACCAUACCCCAUUGUCGUCAACAGCCGCCUCAGCAAUUCUUUAAAGGAGAAAAUUACUCAGGCUUUUCUGAAGAUGCACUCCUGUCGCUUAUGGGGUGAACGGCUCAAUACUUUCGGCAUUUUGAAAAUGGUUUCGAACAGCGAAGAUGCCUACAUGAAAGAGCGAGAGCUUCGUAAUUCCAUUAAAAAUACCAGUCUAGGUGUUGCAUACUACUAGUCUCCACAAUUCAUUGAUAAUGUUCAUUUAAUCUAAGUUUGAUCCUAGUCAUGGUUUAAAAAUUUUUACCUUAAUUAUUGUCUGUAGCUCUACAUUAAGAAAGUAGUGCAUAAAUUUUAUACUUUGUAAAUAAAUUUGUAUAUGAUUUUUGA